UUUACCUAAGGCACUCAAACCGUACUACACUAAAACUCCAUAAUAGGCACACAACUACACAAGAGCUCUCAGAAGAACCCUAAUUAGCACUCUCAUGCAUGGCUCUCGUUUCAUAUCACAAACCCUAAUGUCUUCUGUUCAGGACUCGGAUCUUUCACAAAAGACGUUGAUCCUCGAUGUUGAGGAAACCCUUUUGAGAUCAUCAUCCGUGUUUCCGUACUACAUGUUGGUUGCAUUUGAGUCUGGAAGUUUGAUUCGGGCUUUUGUGCUUUUUGCUCUAUACCCGCUUAUUUACUUGGUUAAUGACGAGUUAUCGAUCAAGAUUAUGGUAAUGGUUUCCUUUUUUGGAAUCAAGAAAGAUGGGUUUCGCGUUGGAAGUUCGGUUUUGCCCAAGUUCUUCUUGGAAGAUGUUGGUGUGGAGGGUUUUGAUGUGUUGAGAAGAGGAAAGAAGACGGUUGGUGUAAGCAAGUUGCCACAAGUCAUGGUUGAGUGUUUCUUGAAAGAUUAUUUGGAGAUUGAUUAUGUUUUUGGAAGGGAGCUAAAGGUUUUUGGUGGCUACUUUGUUGGUCUCAUGAAAGAACACAAGAACGUCAUCGAGCGUCUUAUACAUGAAGUACUAGAAGAUGAUGAAACGGUUUGCUUCUCAAACAAGUCGGUUAAGCGCGAUUGGAUCGCAUGUAGCAAGGACGUUUUUAUGGUUAGUAAUGGAGAAAAGAAGGCAUGGCGAACCCUUCCAAGGGAAAGAUAUCCAAAAGACCUAAUCUUUCAUGAUGGACGAUUAGCAUUUAGACCCGAACCACUAAGUAUGUUGGUCAUGUUCAUGUGGUUCCCUUUCGCCAUACUUUUGUCCGUUUUCAGAACAAUUAUCGCACUCACCAUGUCAUAUGGUGCAUUGAUCCCUAUCUUAGCUUUCACCGGUAUGCAACUGAAGCUCACAAACAAUAACUCAAUAUCUCAUGAUCAUAAAAAACAUAAAGGUCGUUUAUAUGUAUGUAACCAUCGAACCUUGCUUGACCCGUUAUACCUCUCAUUUGGACUCAAAACACCACUCACCGCAGUCACGUAUAGUCUCAGUAGAAUGUCGGAGAUCUUAGCACCAAUCAAAACUGUAAAAUUAACAAGAGAUCGGGAUCAAGAUGCAAAAACAAUAGACAAGAUGUUAAAGCUUGGGGACGUUGUAGUUUGCCCAGAAGGGACAACUUGUAGGGAACCAUAUUUGUUACGGUUUAGCCCAUUGUUUGCGGAACUUAGUGAUCAUAUAGUCCCGGUCGCAUUGGAUAGUUAUGUUACCAUGUUUUACGGAACAACAGCCGAUGGGUUAAAAUGGUUGGACCCGUUUCUGUUUAUGAUGAACCCUAACCCGACUUAUAGAGUUCAGUUGCUGGACCAGAUUCAUGGGGUGACCAGUGAUGCACAGUCUACACGGUUCGAAGUUGCAAAUUAUGUCCAACGUGAGAUUGGGAAGACAUUGGAAUUUGAAUGCACAAGCCUUACGAGGAAAGACAAGUAUCUCGUAUUGGCCGGUAAUGAAGGGUAUGUUAAUUCCACAAGUAACAAACUAUGAACGAUGAGUUCAAAUCAAACUAUAAACUACGUUUUGGUAUUCUUUUACAUACUAUGCGUUGUAUAGAUAUUCAUUUGUUAUUAUUAUUAUUUUAAUUUGAAUACUAAA